UUCACAGUUUCCAACGCGAAAACUACGCGAUGACUCAAUCUACGAACAUUGUGGCUAAUCCUCUACUUGUGUUGGAGAAUCUUUUUGAACUAUCUAUUUCAAAAGGUGAUCGCCCAACCGAAUUCGAUGCGUCUAAAUAUCUUGAGGAUAUGUUGCAAUCAGAUCUAGAUCUUGCAAAGAUCCCCUCUUUAAACUUGAGCAAUCCCGCAACUUUACCAGUGGAUAGUCUUGUUCGUUUCCGAUGCAUGGUACAGGAUUCCAAUCUUGGACCUGAAAUAUUUUUGAAGUUGCAUGAAGUUUUCAAUGCCACCACUGGAGAAAAGCAACUUCGAAGUACAAAGUACUGUGACGCGGAUGUUAGCGCUAUUGAUCAGUUCAAUGAAGGUCGCAUUCCAAACGAGUGGCUGGAUGAGCGCUCGGUGUUGUAUUGUGUCAGUCCACCGGGAGAAUCACUCUGGAUGAAGCAACAAGAUCAUCCAAGCGUCGACCAGCAAUUGGAAAAUAUGACACUUGGCGAAGUUAAUUACCCCGAAAGUGAUUCUCAUGCUACAAAUAAGUUUCCCCUUCCUGGCAUCCCUCACUCUGACGCGGUUGUAAAAUUGUAUGGAGCUGACAGAAACAUUGAGGUUGGAAGUCGAAUUGAGGUCAUUGGAAUAUUAAGCAAACCCAGUCAUAGUGGCGCGUCAGAGGAUUCAAUAGAUGACUUCGACCUACCUAAAGCAUCUUUCCCCAAUACCCCCGUCAUCCAUGGUAUAUAUUGCAGAAAAGUGAACAGCAUCGACAUUCUACCAGUUUCAAAAGAUGAAAUCAGUGCGGCUAAGCAACAAGCAUGUGAUUUAAGAGCACAGUUAUUAGAAUACCUUGGAAACGCUUUCGGAGGCGAUGUCAUGGUUGCCGAAUAUGUUCUUUUACAACUGCUUUCUCGCGUAACUUCAAAACGUGGCGCAUUUGCACUAGGACAGUUUUCCGUUAACGUCACAGAGUUUCCUUCAGAAACUUCGGCAGAAUCGGCUCAAAAUGGAAAUUCCAUCCAGAGUAAAUUUUUAUCGGCAAACUCAUCCACCAGACACAUCUCCAGCAUUUUGCAGAAGCUCCUCCCAGCAUUUGUGGAACUUCCUCUGUCCCUAGACGUCUUGAACACCACUAAUUUCUAUCCAAGAUCCAACGAUGAAAAUUUACACGCAGGAGUACUUCAAUUGCUUGAUGGAACGACUGUUUUAGUGGACGAAACAAUGCUAAAGGAGGGAACGUUAAAGGAACAAGGCGUAAAGAAUAUGCGAGCUUUGAACAAGGUCAUCCAGCAACAAGUCCUUGGAUAUGCCUAUCCCUUCCAUGAAUUUGAUUUAAGUACUGAUAUAGGAUUCAUCGUUUUAUCUCGAGCCAAGUCAAUGUUCCCGUGUCAUUGCGUCGUCCCACUUUCCCAGUCUGCGGGCUUGCCGCUGCUGGCUUCAGAUGACAAUGGGUCGCUGAAAGUUGCUGAGAAUGUACUCAGCAGUUUCCGAAAAUACAUUCAUAUACUUAAAUAUUCAGAUUAUGAUAUUCCGCAAGCAGUUUCCGAGCAUAUACAAGAACGUUUCGUGGAAACAAGAAAGCAAGCCGCUAGCGAAUCUCUUCCAUUACCCACCCAAGACGAUCUUAUGCUACAAUUGAAUCUGGCAAGAUUAGUUGCAUUAUCUUUUGGAUCCAACGAGUUGACCCAGGAGUUUUUCGAUUACACAAUCAAUCUUGAAAAAAUGAGAGUGAGCAGAUUGGAACCCAAUAGUACGACUGAGCCACAGAAAUAGAAAGAAGAAACGUCUGUAAAUAGAUUUUCGUGUUCCUUCAAAAGCAUAAAAUUAGUGUAAAAAAAUAAUA